AUGGCUACCCCUAGUGUCCUAGCUUUUGACGCUGAGGGUCGCGCCAUUGAUUUUGAGGUCUGGUUAGACGACCUGCAACUGUUCUUACAGUGCGACAGGGCUGACGACCUUUCUCUCUUUGACCUCACCUCUGGCGCCUCUCCUGCUCCUGCUGCUGAUGCUGAUCCCACUGUCCGCUCUAAGUGGGCCACCCGCGAUGCUGCUGCACGUCUUGCUGUGCGUCGCCACCUCCCUACCUCUGAGCGUGCGCACUUUAGUCAGUACAAGAGUGCUCACACCUUGUACGACUCUAUAGUUGCGCGCUACUCCUCCCCUGCCACUGCUGCACUGAGCCUCGCGCGCCUCCCUGACUCCCUUCGCGUCGUCAGGGACCACUUUCUCGCAGUCUGUCCCACCACCCUAACCGUCGACCUCCUCGAGAAGGCCCUCCUCGCAGCGGAGAAGAGCAUAGUCGCUGUAGGUGCUUCUCGUGGUGACCCUCGCACCCCCAUCUUUGAGGGGUGCUCUCCUUCCCCCUUGCUGCCCUCUGUUGCCUCUUCUGCUGCUGCCGACCUGCUUGGUCUUGAGUCGGUCGGCGCGGCGUCUGCCCCUAGUGGGAGACGUCGCUCCAGCAAGGGCAAGGGGGGCAAGGGCGCGGGUGGAGCUGGAGGGAGCGGUGGCGGUGGCGGCGGUGGCGGCGGAGGGAGUGGGGGUGGCGGCGGGACUAGUGGCGGGAGUGGUGGUGGUGGUGGCAGCAGUGGCGGAGACGGUGGUAGUGGUGCCAGUGGUGGUGGUGGAGGCAGCGGCGGUGGUGGAGGCGGCGGAGGUGGAGGCGGUGGAGGCGGCAGCGGAGGAGGCGGUGGUGGUGGAGGAGGUGGAGCUGGUCGAGGUGGUACCCAGCAGCGUAGCGGCGGUGGUGGUGGCCAGCGCUCGCAGCGGCAGCAGCAGCAGCGCUCGCGGGACAUCCCUCCGCCUCAGCAGCUUCGUGAGUGGUACGCUGGGCGUCAGAGGGGUGGGGGUACUGGUCCCUGCACCUACGUUCUUCGUUCCGGCGACCGCGCGGCGAUCUUUGAUCUUGAUUUUGAUGCUAUCCUUGCUGCUAUGUAUGUUGUGGAUUAUAGUGAGGAGAAUGAGGGUUACCGUUGUUUCCAGCCCGACCCGGGCAUUGGUACUGCUGCGCUAGGUGCUUGUGAGGCUGCUGCUCUAGGUGCCAGUGCGUCUGUGCUCUCAGGUACUGGUGAGACUGCGCUCUCAGGUACUGCGUCGUCCUCGUCCUCCCUCACUUUCACACUUGACUCCGGCGCUUCUCGCUCCUUCUUUCGAGACCGCACUACCCUUACGCCGCUCGGCCGGCCGGUUGCGGUCUCCCUUGCUGACCCCUCUGGGGGUCCUGUCCUGUCUCACUUUUCCACUGUCCUCCCGUGUCCGGCUGCCCCUUCGGGCACCCUGUCUGGUCUGUACCUUCCCUCGUUCUCUACGAACUUGGUGAGUGGUGCAGCCCUCCAGGAUGCGGGGGUUCACCAGUUCACUCCUGCGAGUCAGCGGGAGACCCACUGCACGGACGCACGCACAGGCCGACACCUAGCCACCUUCUCACGUCGGCCGGGGUCGAGUCUCUACACCCUGACCACUUCGUCUCCUCCUGUCCCUGCGUCCGGUCAGGUAGCUGCGUCAGGUCAGGUGUUUGCUGCUGCGUCCCGGUCAGGUCCUGAGUCUGCCCCCUGUUCUUGUCGCCUCCUGUCUCACGAGACUCUCCUGUGGCACCACCGUCUUGGCCACCCCUCCUUGCCCCGUCUUCGGAGCAUGGCUUCCCGUGUCCUUGUCUCUGGUCUUCCCCAGUCUCUCCCUCCUCUCCCCUCCGGGCCAGGACCUUCCUGUGUCCCCUGUGUCGAGGGUCGCCUCCGGGCUACUCCUCACUCCUCCCACUUCCCCCCGACAGAGGCUCCCCUGCAGACGCUUCACAUGGAUGUGUGGGGCCCAGCCCCCGUCCGUGGGCAGGGUUACGAGCGCUACUUCAUGUUGGUGGUUGACGACUACUCGCGUUACACCACAGUCCUCCCCUUGCGCAGCAAGGGUGCGGUCACUGAGACCUUCACGCUUCCGGACUCACCACAGCAAAAUGGGAUUGCUGAGCGCCGCAUUGGCAUGGUCAUGGAUGUCGCUCGUACGUCCAUGAUGCAUGCGGCUGCCCCCCAUUUUCUGUGGCCGUUUGCGGUGAGGUACGCGGCGCAUCAGCUCAACCUUCACCCCCGGGUCUCUCGGCCUGCGAUGUCCCCAGUCUUGCUGUGGACGGGGAAGGUUGGCGAUGCGUCUGUGUUCCGUGUCUGGGGAUCUCGGGCGUUUGUCCGCGACUUGUCUGCGGACAAGCUGUCCCCUCGUGCUGCUCCCUGUGUCUUCCUUGGCUUCCCCACUGACGCCCCAGGGUGGCAGUUUUACCACCCCUCCUCUCGUCGUGUUCUGUCCUCCCAGGACGUCACGUUCGACGAGUCAGUCCCCUUCUACCGUCUCUUCCCCUACCGCACUCCUUCCCUCCCCCCUCCCCCGGACUUCCUUGUGCCGGUUCCUCCCCCGGUAGACCCCCUCCCCCCUCAGGUUCCUGCCCCCUCAGGUGUGUCCCAGGUAGACGCCGUUGACCCGGUCGAGGUUACUGGUGACUCUGGUGCUGCUGCGGGUGCUGAGCCUGGGGGUGCUGACUCUGGGGGUGCUGUGCGCGGGGGUGCUGAGCCUGGGGGUGCUACUGCCGGGGGUGCUGGGCCUGAGGGUGCUACUGCGGAGGGUGCGGAGCCUUGGGGUGCUGAGUUGGGGGGUGCUGUGCCUGGAGGUGCUGGGUCUGGGGGUGCUGGGUCGGGAGCUGCUGAGCCUGGGGGUGCUGUGCUGGGAGCUGCUGAGCCUGGGGGUACUGCGUCUGGAGCUGCUGAGCCUGGGGUUUCUCCUGCUGCUGCGUCUCGCCGGGAGCCCCUCUCUCCACAGGAGCUGCGCGAGUGGUUCGCUCGCCGCUGGAGGCGUGCUGCUGCGUCCGGAGGUGCUACUGGAGCUGGAGCUGGAGCUUCUUCGACCGUCGAGGGUGCGGGUGCUGCCGGUCCCGGAGCUGCUGGACCUGCGGGUCCUCCUGGAGCUGGAGCUGCUGAGGGCGUUGGUGCUGAGCCUACUGCUGUUGGUCCUGCCGCUGGAGGUGUGGGUGGCACUGGUGCUGUCGCUGAGGGUGGUGGUGCUGUCCCUGCUGAGUCUGGAGCUGCCGCGCGGCCUCGGCCGUACUUCGUUCCGCUCCUGCAGCAGGUUCUUGGUCUUUCUCCUCUAGUAGAGGGUCCACCGCCUGUCCAGUCGCAGUCCCUGCUGGAGCCUUCCUCUCCACUGCCUGCUCCCUCUCCUUACACUGGUCCUACUGGAGGUCUUGCUGAGCGUCGUGAGCCUGCGUCUCGUCCCGCGUCGCCUGUUCGUGCUGCUCGCGCUAGUGGUCGCAGUUCGCGUCAGCGUCCUCCUCCUGUCCCUGGCACACACCGGAUGUCUUUGCGUCCGUCCACUGCUCCUCUGCGUGCCCCUUUGCCUUCUCCUCCUGAGUCCUCUCUUCCUGCGCUUGCCGACCCUGAGUCGGACUCUCUUCGUGCUGCCAGUCCUACUGUCAUGCGACUGCUUGCUACUGUCGUCACUGACCCCUCUUUUGAGUCCGCUGCUGCGUCUGCUCUAGUCGCUGAGCUCGUCGACUUUGCUGCUCGCUGUCGUCUCGACUACGCUGCUAGUCUUGUUGCUGAGUCUGCGUUUGUCUGUCCUCCGUCCGUCGGGGGUGAGUGUGCUCUUGGCACGGACGUCCUAGAGGACAGGCAGGAGGAGUUACAGUGUCUAGCGGCUGCUUCACCUCAUCUCGCGUCUGUACUGCUUGCCCCUGAGGGAGACCCGGAUGCACUAGACAUCCCGACUCCGCGUUCUUACGCGGAGGCCGUAGAGGGUCCCUACUCCUCUCAGUGGCAGGCAGCUAUGGAUGCAGAGAUGGCUUCCUGGAAGUCCACAGGCACCUACGUUGACGCGGUUCCCCCUCCUGGGGCGAACAUCGUCAGUGGCAUGUGGAUCUUCAGGGUGAAGCGGCCGCCGGGCUCUCCACCUGUCUUCAAGGCACGGUACGUUGCUCGUGGCUUCAGUCAGCGGCAGGGAGUUGACUACUUUCAGACCUUCUCUCCCACCCCGAAGAUGACUACUCUUCGGGUGCUGUUGCACAUAGCCGCUCAGCGCGACUACGAGCUUCACUCUCUCGACUUCAGCACUGCGUUCUUGCAGGGUAGCCUGCACGAGGAGAUCUGGCUUCGCCGUCCACCUGGCUUCACUGGGACUUUCCCUCCUGGCACCCAGUGGAGCCUCCGACGGCCAGUCUACGGUCUCCGCCAGGCACCGCGUGAGUGGCACGACACACUGAGGACUACGCUUGCGGCUCUUGGGUUUGCUCCUUCUACUGCUGACCCGUCGCUGUUUCUUCGCACCGACACUUCCCUGCCGCCGUUCUACAUCCUCGUGUACGUCGACGACUUGGUCUUUGCCACAGCGGACACUGCUGAAGUCCGAGCUGCUGAAGAGACACACGUGCACAGACCUGGACCGGAGCACAUGGCUGCAGCGAAGAGGGUAUUGCGCUACCUGUGCAGUACGUCGGGCAUGGAGCUAGUGCUUGGAGGGCGGAGUCCAGUGGUCCUUACCGGCCACGCGGACGCUUCUUGGGCUGACGACCAGGCUACGCAGCGGUCGUCACAGGGUUACACCUUCAGCCUUGGUUCCGGCUCUGUCUCGUGGCGGUCUACUCGCUCGUCUUCGGUUCUCGGCUCCAGUUGUGAGGCUGAGAUCUACGCCGGGGCCAUGGCUGCACAGGAGCUUCGCUGGCUCACCUACCUGCUGACUGACCUUGGAGAGCCGCCUCGUUCUCCUCCAGUGCUGUACGUAGACAACAAGGCCAUGCUGGCCUUGUGUCGAGAGCAGCGCUUGGAGCACAGAACGAAGCACAUUGCUCUCCGCUACUUCCUUGCUCGUGAGCUGCAGCAGCGUGGUCAGUUGCGACUUGCGUACGUGGCCUCUGAGGCCAACACUGCUGAUGUGUUCACCAAGGCACUCGCGCCUUGUGACCAUCAGCGCUUUUGCACCCAGCUGGGUCUUGUACCUGUCUUGCCUCACUUGCUCUCCUCUUGA